AGGAAAUUUGAAGUCAUGGCUGGAAAACCGAAACUUUACUACUUUGAUGGAAGAGGCAAGAUGGAGUCAAUUCGCUGGUUGUUAGCUGCAGCUGGGGUUGAGUUUGAAGAGGAGUUUUUGGAAACUCGAGAGCAGUAUGAGAAACUCCUGCAAGGUGGAUCCCUGCUGUUUCAGCAAGUGCCAAUGGUGGAGAUCGAUGGUAUGAAGAUGGUGCAGACCAGAGCCAUCCUCAGCUACAUAGCAGGGAAAUACAACCUCUAUGGGAAGGACCUGAAGGAGAGAGCCCUGUACU